UCAUUUGAGUUUCGCGGUUUGUCGUGCCUGCCACUUGGUCUUUCGGCUCUGGUGAAAAUAUAUAUCCGAAUCUGGAGAAAAUCAAUUCCCAAGCCCAACUAUAAAAGUGCGCUGUUGCCUCUGUCAAAUCGAACACAACCUGGAUACAUGUUCUAAAAUACAAAACAAAAAAAAAGCUGAUAUAUAAACUGCAUAUUGCAUUUUUCAUGAGCUAACUGUCUCGCAUCGCGUGUGAAAAGUUACUAACUGACUACUCUAUACGGUUAAUGUUAAUUUCAACAACAAUUAUAAAGAGUAAUUUUAUUGUCUGGCUUACGCAAGGCCAACUACAAAAGCCAUAACAACAAAUCACAUACAUCCCAAUUUGGAUUUAUAAAUAGCUUAAUUUUUUAUUAAAAAAAAUAAGCAAAAACAACGUUGCUGUAAAUAAAAAAACAACAAAUUGCCAUCAACAGCAGCCAAUAUGUCGAUCGCCAGCGUUCACGGUCCCCAAAUCACCGACAUCUGCAGUCCCCUGUCGCACCACACUCUGGGUCUGUCCGCCUCCCUGCCGGACUUGGUCGGCAGCCCUCUGGAGAUCAGCAUGGACAACGUGCUGACCAUCGAAGAGCUGCGCCAGCACAUGGGCUCCUGUUUCACCUGCGGUGUCUCCUGGACGGACGAUCAUGUGUCCCUCGACUGCAGCGAGUGCGGCGGCUACAGCCUGGAGCGUCCCUGCCCCCUGUGCGACGGCCAGUGCGGUGUCCAGUGGAAGCGUGACUUUGCCAUGUCCCAUGCCUGCAGUCAAGCCCGUUGGGUGGGCGUGUGCAUCAGCUAUCCGGAGGCCGUGGCCGGUGUCCAGUUGCCCGUCGGAGGAGCCGGUGGAGCUGCCACAUCGUGUGCCGCCGCCGCUGCGAAUCAAUUGCGCCUGGCCCAGGAGCUGUGCUCCCGCCUGGAACAACUGUCCACGUCGACGGCGAGCAAAAGCGGACGCAUCUAGAGUGCACCGAACGCAUUACAGUUCCUUUCGACAGCCAGACUGCAAACCACGCCUCCACAUCAGCCACCACAUCAGACCCUCAUCCGGAUAGCAGAUAGCUAAUAGCCACCGCCACCUUCCACACCACCGCCUCCUCCACAGUCUCUCACCCGUAAUUUAGGGCCUAAUUGCUAAGCUUUUUAGUUGUUAGUUUUUAUUGUUGUGUCGCGUUUUAGUCUUUUAAUUUAUGAGAUUGUGUGUGCCUUUUUUUUUUGCACAAAUUUCCAUUAAUGAUUUCACCGUUUUCGUUUUCGGUUUCGGAUUCGUUUUGUUCGCAGUGUGACUAUGCAUAGGUCUAGCGGCUAAGUUAGUUCCUUUGUUUACCUUUUAAUAGCACCAUUUUGUUAGCACACAUGACCGACAUAUUCUAUCCAGGAAAAGACUUCUUUCUGCUUAGACUUAAGCCGAGUUUAGGCAUUGCAGUGAUAACGGUGAUAUUAGCCAGAAAGAAUCGUGAACAAAUAGUGAAUUUAUAAUGUUGUAGCGAAUGUCUAACGAUAGCUCUAGCGAUAUAACAUACAAUUUUUGUAUCAAACACUAAAAAACACACUCUGAACAGACCGUGUAACCGUCGUGUAGGGAUUGUUGUUAACAAUUAAGUUAGUUGUUGUUGCUUAAUGCCUUCUGUCAAAGCUACUACCCGAAGAGCACAGAUCAGAGUUUAUGUAUGUAGCUCUAAGAUGGUGCCAACGGAGUAAGCGUAACAAAGAAUCUUCCAAAAAAUGCAAAUGCUCAACAAAGUAACUAAAAAGGAUUGAAACAGUCUCUAUGGGAAAUCAUGAAAGGAUUAAAGGAUAGAAACGGAAAUAGAGAAGAGCGCACAAGGAAACAAUUAAAAAGCAUUACUCAAAAGUGUUAAGAUUUUCUGUGAAAAUCCAUAUGACAUGUAGAAGUUUAUACCUAAUAUAUACACCUAUAUAUUAUAUACCAUAUAAAUCUGCAUACAAUAUACAUAAAUCUAUAUAUAUAUAUAUACAUAUAUUUUUAAUGUAGAGAUAUGUUUUGUAAAAGACAAAGGCAUAUUUUUAAAAUUAAAUACCUAAACUAUGAAAAAUCAAA